CCAAAAAGCCCCCUAAGAAGGACGAUGAUCCCGAUCCGGCGAAAGCAAAGGAAAAAGCAAAACCAAAGCCCGCCCCGCCAAAGCAGAAACCGGACCCCCAACUGCAGCUUAAGAAAGCGCUUCCGCAGAUCUUUCCUGAUCCGGCUAAUCGUGUUUUGAGAGAGUUGGUCAACGACCUCUACCUCAAGGACCCACAAAAAAGAACUGAAAUCAUGAAGAAGGCUUCGCAGCAGGUUGCGCAAGCCGGCACGACCACGUCGGACGUGGUUCUUGUGCCGCUGGUGUUGAAGGACGGCAAGAUGUUGCAGCAAAUGGUGAAAGCCUACCACGUAUCAAGUGCACAUAGAAAUGCGUCUGAGUCUGGACGAAGAUUGCUAAGUUUGUUUUUGUCAUGCUGAUCUGACAUGGCUGUCGCUGUAGAGCUUGUCAUGAAGAAGCGUGUCUUGUCAUGCGAAAGCGAACACGCCGUAGCUGCGUAAAUAUUUCUCAUACUUGUUUACUGUGCAUUUUUACAGAGCGUUCAUUUUUCACAAUCACGACAAAGACAAUCUAGAACUUUUACAAGUUUCCAGACCCAGACAAAUUUGCAAUGCAUACCAAGACAACCGGUUUUUGAGUUCGGUCACACCCACGGAAAUGGAUCUCGUUCAGCCGGAAAAGUGGCAAUGCUUCUUCAAGCUUGUUCUUGACGAGAACAGCGGGAAGCUGCAUCACAUCGAAGCCUAUCGACUCGAAAAAAAAUUGUCUCGGUCUGGUGCAAAAAUCAUGUUGCAGCUGUUGAUCGCUACAAUUUGCCUGCUUUUGGUGCCGAUUAUUGAUCGAUGUUUUUAUAUAAUGAGUCGUUAUUCUUUCCUCGAUACAGUACUUGUUACACGCGUGACAAGUCAUUUUCCUGGAGUGAAAGAACCUGGUGUGUGGGGUGGACGAAUUAUUCGUUCGUAAGUAUUUAGUACGUGGUAUUAGAAAUACGAAAGGACUCCUAGCACGACAGAGAAGCUGCGCGCCACUCCGAAUCCUGUUGGUGCAUUAAUGCAGCAGAUCACCUAUAGAAGAAAUUUAUAGAUCUCUGCUGCUUCCGUUUCGAGAUCAGCAUCUUCACACAUUCAAAUCCCGCACCAGACCUAGACAUAAUGUGCGCAAUUCAUAGAGGUCUCAACUGGGAACAGUGGAAAGCGGGUGGCCAGGCCGUCCAUGCCGCAAACCCCAACUUAUCGGAGGAAGACGGAAUAACGUUGAAAAAGGGGUGGGGGCUCCAGGCUUACAACGAGUUCAAGACCAAUAUGGCCAAACAGUGCGACGGCGAUCCGAAGCUGAACCCGGAUGCCAAGUGCGGCGCAAAAUUCGCCGUGAAGUCAAUCAGUUCCGGAUCUUCCGGGGGACCUGGGGACGACGGCGGGGCGGGGAAGAAGUCGAUUGAUGACUUCAUGUCGGGCGUGUACAACGGCGUGGAAGAAGGCAAAACGCCCAAGCAACUCGGCGGGGAUGCCGUCAAAAAGCAACCUGUGACGAGUAUCGAAAGGAAAAAUCUUCCCUCCCCAUAUCCAAACGAAGUUUCUGAUGCUGGAUCUGCGUACAUAGAUGCGCUUUGUUUUGCAGUAAGGCACUACUGCCACCAGACCCUCAGCCGAGGCACUAGGGGCGCUUGGGUCUAGUUGUUCAAUAGCAUUGCUGCAAACGGCUGCCCCCGGGGCCCCAGCAGCAUGCGAAGGCAUUUGUAUAGUGGCAAUGGGCCAGCAGAAGCCUCUGGGCGUGCGCUUGUCUUCUGGCACACCCACUCCGCUCCGUCGCCGCAAAUGGUCAGCAGCGCAAGAAAUUUUCGGAAGCAUAUGUAGCUUUUCGUCAAGAAUAUGGGGAGGGGGGAUUUUUCCUCUCAAUAGCGAGCGACGGAGUCUGGUUUCCGUGUGAAACUGCAGAUCAGCAGCAACAGGAACUGGCGAGAAUCGGGCGAGAGCGUAAAAAGCCUAGAAUCUUCGGAAUCCUGGUUGACUCUGGCCACCAAAUCUACAAGCAUGUGCUUAAGUGGUCUCAACUGCAGCACCAACUGGUCGAGCUCGAACGGCAGAGGGAGAUCAACCUUCCCGAGGGUACGCAGGCACCACCAGAAAUUCGGAAAACGAGAACUGCUCUGGAAGCAGCAGAGGGAGUUGAAUUCCAGCCUGUGUGCGAGGCGGCCAGUAGGAAGGACGAGUCCGAUCCGCUUGCGGUACACCUGCGGCAACAUGUGCGUGCAACGACGGCGGGGCGGCGCACCACGCCGGAAGAAGGAGGUGAAUUACGUCCCCAACAGGCGCAGUGUUCUGCGUGGUUACGGCUAGCGGCUGCCGACCACAUGCAUUUCAAAAACCUGAACCAGGAAUCGGGAAGCCAGGUGGGGGUACAGGCAGUUCAGCCUCCAGCUUUGUCGCACUUCGUGAUGCCGGGCACUGAUGUGGAUUUAACACCCAUGGUAUUGAAAAAUGUUCAUGCGACGACGCUGAAAUCCAUGAUCGAUGCCUACAAAAUGAAUCGUCUUCUGAGUGCAACGACAAUCGGAGAAAUGCACCUAGUGGUGCCCGACCGCUGGCGAUGCCACUAUAAAAUUACAAACGACGCGGGCGGCGGGGAGGGCAACCGCAACGCGAAUUCUCGCAUCGAAGCUGUCAUCGAAGAGGUUUGGCAAGAGGGCGGCGCAAGUGUGCACCGUAGCAACCCCGAACUACACUACAUGAAGGGCAAUGGAUACGAAAGCUACGAAUAUUGGAAGAGCCACGACAUGAGCUGCCGCAUCAACAAUGGCGGUUCGUGUGAGUAUGAUUUAAUUCAAUUCCGUCCGUCGGACAACCAACGAACAUCCCAUGUUUCUCAAUUCUAUCGGAAGAUUGCACUUGGUAAAGAAACAGGCAAAGUAGGGGCUUUGACUCCCCUGAACGGGGGCGACUUUUCUCUGACAAGCAGCGGCGACUGGCUAUCAUGCGAGGACGACGCAGGCUGGCUUAGCGAAAUGCAGACAAUUCGCAAGGAGCAAAAGAUCAGGGCGCACGAACUGACAGGGAUUGCGAGAGACUUUCUCCGCGUCGACAAAGCAGGAGACUUUUUCGACUUCGGUGACCAGUUCUGUUUUCAAGGCAAAGGAAGCGAAAAUCAAGCGAAAAAUCCGUUUGACGGCAGCGUGCGCUCAGCGGACGGCACAACUAGGUAUGUAACGAAGUGUCGCAUGUUUGUCAAUUCGGUUCUGGGCUACCAGAGGGACAAGAGGCAUGUCGCGGCGAAAUUCGAUCCCGUCCAACGAUUGCCGAGCCAACACAGGAGAGGGCUGGCCCAAGAGUGCUACGCCGAGUUGCAAAACCCCAGCAAUGUGCUUCCCGGGAAUGGGAACGCCGUCACCGCAAACAUUGCAAGCGACAUCAGUGUGCGAAGUGUCCUCACCGAGCUCGAAAUGCGAUGCCCCUUCAACAUGAAAAAAGUGCCGCUGGAAGGCACGAAAUGCCUCGAUGGCACGCCGGCUGCGUAUUACUUGGAGACACAAGGCCACACGGAUGCGGCUGUGUGGGAGGCGAAGACCAAGAAGGGUGUUUUCAUCGACUUCGAAGGAGACGGCGUAUGUGGAAUGGAUGGGCCAACAGUGCACCUUGGUGACACAUUGCUUCAGUGUGCUUUUUACGCCUUGGGCCCCAAUGGCGGGGAGAGUACGUUCCGUUACGAAAAUAUUCGCCGGCGCCCCGACAUGGUGGAUCUGGCGAAGGACUACGUUUACAUUAAUGUUAAACCAUGCGACGGGGCGGCGUUCAGUGGCAAUCGGGGGCCCGCAACUUUUAAGCUCGACGAGCGACUAGUGAUCGCGGCUGAUAACGUAAACCCCGCCCUAACACCAGGUGAGAGCGCGGACCGCCAGGCUCAGCUGAACCAAAUGAUUAACAAAGAGAAAAACGAGUUCCAUGCCUUACUCAAUGAAAAGCAAGGAAAGAAUCUGCCAAUGGCAGAGAACGCGGGCCAAGGGGAUUACACAAUCACCUUUCAAGGCUAUCAAAAAAUUCUUCCCGAUCUGCUGGACAGUAUUGUCAAACAGGUCAUCAAGUCAAGCGAGGACAACCAGCGACGAUACGCGGAGGGCAACAGCAAGAUCGUCUUUCAUGGGCAUGGUUUCGGCGGCACGACUCUGUACUAUCACGUUGAUGCCAUGGCGCAAAAAGUCCGAGAGCUCGUCUUGGGUGCUCCCGACCCGAAGAGCAAGAUGGAGAUCUACGCCAUUCCCAAUGGUGGCCUUUACCUCAAUAAAGGCGUCUUCAAUGAGAAGCUCCUCCCACUGGUGCUGCCGACAAACGUCAUGGACCAGGACACUCAACGCAAAAAAUACAUGCUCGACAGCGAUAGGUUGGAGCCCAACUACUACGGAAAUCAGCUAAAGCGCGUUUUCAAACUGGCCGACCCAAACUUCGAGUCUCUACCCGAAAUGUGCCAGAAAAAGUACCCGACAAACAAAGACGUCUGCCUUUUUCCGCAAUUUUAUACAAAACCAACCAUGGGGGUAAAAGGGAUGGAAAUGCAAAACCACGAUGCGCGCAUCCAGACGCCGCUACUGAUGGUGCAGUCACUGUUUGACGACUUUGUGGUUGCCAAGGUUUUGUACAUCACUUGCGAUUUAAACAUGGGCGUGGGAGGCGACGCGCCGGCGACAUCCAAUCCGUCGAAAGCCGCGAGAGGAUAUUCCAAUGCACCAAACGUCAAAGCCCUGGCGCCGCGGGAGUCUAAAAAUCCUCGGUUUGGCUCUGCCAACAAAUGUUCAUCAGAAGAAAGUGAACGGAUCAAAGCGCUGGCGGGAGAGUACUUUGAAAUCCUUCAAGACCACGAAGAUCACACCAAGCUGAGUCUUGCUGUUCCACCUGCUGACAGUAGCACCUCUCCUCAGUGUAACCCGCCGAAGGCGGAGGGUAACGCUCCUUCCUCUGGGGGAAGCGAACAAGAGCUGCCCCCCGAAUGUACGCAAAAAAACUUUGCCUAUUUGAGCACCUAUGUUGCGCGCGAAAUUAUGCCGCGACGUUUCCCUUCUCCCGUCAUGUCCCAAGACUUCAUUCACAUAGUUGCGGAAUUCCUCGGCGAUGGGAAGGACGGGCGAAAGGAACGCAAGGAGUUCUUCGAAACCAAUUACCGUGUUAUCAGCAGCCCGUCCGCCCUCGACUUUCUCGGUGGACCACCUUCUGUCACCUUCCGCGAGUACCAACAAUUCGGCCCAGAGCUUGGCAAGCAAUGGGGAGUGCCGGGCGUGGACACCGUGUAUUUGGAAAGCAUUUAGGAUAUUUCUAUUCCUGUACCAUUCGACGUGCCAUCAAGCUUCAUCUCCAUAUAAUUGUACGACAUUGAAAGAUAGUAUGAAAGCGAAAAGUUAUUACUAUGAUAAAUAAACCGGGUGAAGUUCUUCAUCUUUUUAUUGCAAGCAUGGCGAAUUUUGAAUUUCGAUUUUAUGGUUUCCCUAUUCCUUCUGGUGCGCAAUAUCACGUAUGAGGAAACGUGACAAUAUUGUGGCUGUUGGAGUACUACGGCGCAGCCAUGUAAUAUGGAAACGGGAGGUGGGCCUAUCACUACUUAAACUUAUGAGUUGCAGUUUCAGUUUACGAUUCGGCUAUUGUUUUUGAAUUUCCGUCAUCAAGUUAAAGUUAACAUGUAGGCGCGCUUGGCAAUGUCAUGAAACCCGGCCAACAGAACUCGUGAUCGAUCGAUGGCUGCGGUGGUCUCGGGUCGAUUCCGUUUCUGCACAUGCUCAAGCCAGUUAAUUUCACUGCUACUCGAAGUGAUUUCAGCGAUAGAAGUACUCGUUUCGAUAUCUCGAUUUCAAUUUGAGGAAGCAGCGCAGCGACAGGGCCACGAUUCGCAGACGCAAUAUUUUUUUUUUUUGCUCAGAUUUAGGCGACUCGUACACUAUUUCUCGUUCACUCUAUAACUAUAUAUCAUGUGCUGACCACUAAUCUUCAACUUCAACCAUUUUUGUCGAUCUCGUCAAACAAAAGGAAGCUGCUGACUUUAUAUAAUGCUCCCGGUCGCACAUUACGUAUUCCAUGUGCUUGUCCACCGACAAUCACACUUCAUUUCUGCUAACGACGGUUGUAUCAUCUUGCCACUCAUCUCGCGCACAAGUCAAAACUUUCCUUCAUCGCCAACAAAGAAAAAAAAAGGUGGUAUCUUUUCCUUUUAUACCAAAGCUAGGUGCAACAAAUAGCAGCAGCGUACCUGUCAUUUAUGCCGUGUAUGAAUAAAGAAAAAACUACGUCGAGGUCCACCACGAGGAGUAGCAGGCCGAUCAUUCGAGGAAGAACAUUGGAACGAGCUCUGAAGCGACUCAUUACGACAGUGGACGCGCGCCACUUUACCUCAUUGUGAUUAGAUUCAUAUGUCAUGAUGGAAAAUUCCAAAUCCGCUCAACUCUUUAACUAAAAACACAAAAAGCAAAACGCUCGUCAACAGCAAGACUUUAUUUCAAAACUCCCUUUCUUCAGAAACAACUUUUCUCAAAAACACGUUGGCUAGUCUCUACGAUCGCUUUUAUUUUUCUCUGUUCAAGAACCUUCCUCUGUUUUCUCGAAUAACUUUCAACUACCAAAGCUUUUCAACUUUUAGACGUUCGCUGUCGAUUUCAACUUUUGGAAUAAAUCACUUUUAGCAACAAAGCUUUUCCAUCUUCGUUUUGCCAGUCUGUACUGUUUUUCUCAAGAAGGAGCUCAAAGUGGCUCACUCUAACUGGUAUUUUUAUUGAAAUAGCGCUAGAACACACGCGAGAAGAAAAACUUCACCCGGAUUCCGUGUAUCCAUUACCAACAAACAACACAAACAACUUUCUCUGCUCUGGUUUGCCUCUUCUAACCUUAAUGUUAAUUCUGUUUUUGUAGUUUCUGCAUCCCGGUGGAACGCCAAGGCGGCACUAAGAGAUACAGUAUUGCACCAACCAGCGAGACAGUAGGUACUACAGUUUCGUGCGGUUUUUAUAAAAACAGAAUUUGGCGCGUUGUUGCCCGUCGAGUCGUCGAUCAUAUCCGCCUUGCAAUGAGGGCGAAGGGGGCGUCUUAUCCACUUUCAUAGAUACACAAAUGUAGAAGUGGGGACAUUGAGCUAGAGCCUUUUUUUUGAUUUUCAGUUUCUAAGUUUCAGUACGCAAAAUGUCCAAGCCCUGCGCCUGCCGAAGCCAAACCACAAGUACAAGAAGAAACUACGAAAAAAAAAGCAAGCCUCAAAAAAAUACAAGAAAGGGACGAGACCGGGACAGAGAGCAGUUCGUUUCAAGGUGCACAACGAAACUACUCUCACGACAGGUGGAUCCCUCGAAAUUUUAUUGCGACACCGGGUUGGUGGAGGCUACUUCUUAUCUGACCGAUAUACUUUUUCUCUCACACUUUUUCUUUCACGUAGGGUAGUACUUACUUAAAAAUCUCACUUGCCGCGAAAAAGAAAAUGGUUAUCAAACUGCAUGAAAGAACUUGACGGAGCUCCUCCUGGGGUGUAAAAAAGCGCUUUCGGGCGCAUCCUGUUUACACUCGUGUCCGCUACAUCAAAGCCACAGAGCAUACUUAAGCAUCUGCGUCAAAGUCAAAGCGUUCCCGCCUCGGGCGAAGACAGAGAAUGUAGUAACACCUACAUCACAUAUACUACUCGCAAUUCUUUUUCUUUUUUUUUACCGUCAUGCCACUUUCACCGGAAUUUCAUUUGUGAUAUAAUCGAAUGUCUUAACUUCACGCCCACUAAAUCUUUACAUCAAAACCUAGUAAAGCAUAAGCGAUGCAUGUCCCCGACGUUUUGUUAUUUUGAAUUUUAUAGUCUCGAUUACUAAAAUAAAAAUUGACUAAGUAAAGUACCAAAAAGCUAAAGAAUUGCAAGGCAGCGCCCCUCUCGUAUUCUAUCGUGUCACCCUGCUCCGACAGUUCCUGCGUAAGUAGUUGUAGUUCUAGUUUGUAUCAAAUAUAAUCAAGAUCGUGCUGAAUUUUACAUGCGGCUCAGUGAACACUUCUCACCACAAUUCUGUACAACUGGCAGCGCAGCGCUCUACCGUCCUCGCACUAGACAAUCAAAGAUAUAAUUGUUACACAAUUAAUAUGAGCGAUUACAGUUACUACAGAGAGGGAUGAUGUACUUUUAGCGCAUCAUUCCAAUUUGUUAUCGUUAUCGAAGUCUGUAUGAGUCUGUCCCAGUGAAGUCGUACUUCUUUUUUGUUCAGCAUGUUCUGUUUGAUUAUGUUUACUAUUGAGUCAUCGUAUAGCGUUCCUUUCUUUGUAGCUCUCACCUCCGGAUGACCCUCCCCCAAGUUUGUGUUGUGCAUUCAAAGUGUUAAAUUAUGUUUUUUCUGAACCAAAAAAUUCGCUUUUGUCGUCCCGGGUAAGAGCAGGCCAUUUUUGUAAGUCAAGCAUACUUUUAGUUUUCUAAACUUUCAAUAUGAGGAAGAAGCGAGGACUCAGUGCAAUAUACUACCUGUAUCUAUCGGAAAAGCGCGCUACUUCGUAGUUUAUCAUCAUGUAAUUUCUGAACGAAGCAACGAUCGGUCCGCGCUGCCACGCGGCUGUUGUGAUUCUCGUGCCUAAUCAUGAAGGUGUCAUUUUUGAUUCUGUGUAGUUUCAGUUCCUUCAAGUGCAGCUUGUAGCGGUUUCAUCUAGCAGGCGCAAGGGGAGGAAUAGCUGAGAAUGGCUCCAGCGACAGAUGUUGUUGAGAAUGGCUCCAGCGACAGGAACUCGUCAAGGAAGGACGAUGAUAUACUACUAUUGAUGAGCUGCAAUUAUUCUGUGCCACAAUCUGCUUCCUACGAUUCUGCUUGAGCAAGUCGUUUGCUUACAAAGAUGCCUAAGCUACAUCUUCUCGAGUAGAGGUUUUGCUAUACGAUGGUAAUCUACAAGCUACACCAGCCCCUUGUGGCGAUUAUUUCGGCGCGGCUCUACUUCCCCGAGAGAC